ACUGGGAGCUAGUGCCAAUUCCUUCUUUAGCAUUCUACAAAGCGAUCCCCCCAUCGGUACUGAGAAAUUCGUUCUCGAUUUGCGCAUUAAGUUGCUUUUCCCUUCAGUUCUACAGCCAUCAUCCUAUACAAACGACCGACUCACCCAGCUGAGGGCCCCCUGCCAUCAUGUCGACCCUCGAAGAGCUCGAUGAUCUCGACCGCCGGGAGAAGGAGGAGAAGAGAAGAGAGAACAAUGACAAGAAGGCUACUGUUGCCGACGAGGACGAUGAGAUGAAGGAUGCCGAGGACAAGGACGACAUCCUCGACGACGAAAUCCUCAGCCUAAGCACACAAGACAUUCAGACUCGGAAGCGAUUACUUGAAAACGACUCUCGGAUCAUGAAGAGCGAGCUUUCGAGGUUAACGCACGAGAAGGCCGCCAUGGGUGAAAAGAUUAAGGAGAACAUGGACAAAAUCGCAAACAACAGACAGCUGCCAUACCUGGUCGGAAACGUUGUUGAAUUACUAGAUCUAGAUCCUACUGCAGAGUCUUCCGAAGAAGGAGCUAAUAUCGACCUCGAUGCCACCCGAGUCGGCAAAUCCGCCGUCAUCAAGACCUCCACAAGACAAACCAUCUUCUUGCCGCUGAUUGGCCUUGUUGAUUCCGACACUCUCAAGCCAGGUGACCUCAUCGGUGUCAAUAAGGACUCAUACCUGGUUUUGGACACGCUACCCGCUGAGUACGACAGUCGAGUCAAGGCCAUGGAGGUGGACGAGAAGCCGACAGAACAGUACACCGACGUUGGAGGUCUGGAUAAGCAGAUUGAAGAGUUGGUGGAGGCUAUCGUAUGGCCUAUGAAGGAGGCGGACCGGUUCAAGAAGAUUGGCAUCAAGGCACCAAAAGGUGCUCUCAUGUACGGUCCCCCCGGUACCGGAAAGACUCUCAUGGCCAGAGCCUGCGCGGCUCAGACGGAGGCAACGUUUCUGAAGCUCGCAGGACCACAGCUUGUGCAGAUGUUCAUAGGUGACGGAGCCAAGCUUGUGCGAGACUGCUUUGCCCUGGCCAAGGAAAAGGCCCCGGCAAUCAUCUUCAUUGACGAACUCGACGCCGUUGGUACCAAGCGAUUCGACAGCGAGAAGAGCGGUGAUCGAGAAGUCCAAAGAACCAUGUUGGAGCUGCUCAACCAGCUUGAUGGUUUUGCCUCGGACGACCGUAUCAAGGUCUUGGCCGCCACCAACCGAGUCGAUGUCCUUGACCCUGCACUGCUACGAUCUGGACGUCUGGAUCGUAAGAUUGAGUUCCCUCUGCCAAACGAAGAGGCCCGCGCACAGAUUCUCAAGAUCCACUCGCGCAAAAUGAAGGUCAACCCCGGCGUCAAUUGGGGUGAGCUUGCUCGAAGCACGGAUGAGUUUGGUGGUGCCAUGUUGAAGGCGGUCUGCGUUGAGGCUGGCAUGAUUGCCCUGCGCUCAGGAAAGAACCAAAUCGGCCACGAGCACUACGUCGACGCUAUUGCCGAAGUACAGGCCAAGAAGAAGGAUACUGUCAACUUUUACGCAUAAUCUGUUUUUCUCACAUUUGCGGUGGGGGAUCAUGGGAGGACAGGCUCUUGUUUGUCCAAGGAUGCAGAGGCGGUGGAUGGCGUCUGAUAUGGCGUGUGGUAUUGGCAUAGAGGGGAAAAGUCAAGGCCUGGGAGGACGCGUGUAAUCAGCCAUAUUGCUGGCAGAGGCAAGCCAACUCGGUAGAUAAGAUAGGAGCCUCUUUUGCAAAGCGAAUAGAGAAUCGUGAAAAGAACCAAAAAAAAACCUAAUUAGCAUGGAUGAUGUUUAUCUAUUUACUUGUUGUUUGACAAGCUUGGUAUGAUUGUACUAGAGAUUUGUUUGAGCUUAGGUACCUACUAGUAGUCUUUAAGCAUAAACGAGACCAUGUAACCCAA